AUGUCCCCCUCUCAGUCACCUCCUUCAAAUGUACACAGCGUUCAGCCCUCAGACGUGGCUCAGCUCUCCUUCAUUGGCCUCGACAUGCACAGCACUGAGCUGUCCACGGUGAUAUCCCGACUCAGAGAGCUGAUGACCCUGUUCAAUCCUGCGCUCAUCAGUCCGCUGUCAGAUGAGACAAACUUGUACGCCCCUCAGUUUGGUCAGCACAGCUCACUGGUGGAGCAGGCAAAGGAAGUGUCCCUCCACCUCCAAAACAAUCAGGUCGCUGAUGUGGAGAGAGACUGGAAGCUGCUCGUUCUCUUUGUUCAGGUGGAUCAGCUCUGUACCUGUGAGCAGCAGCAGGUUCAGUCCGACAUCAAAGCUGUGGUUAAGGACGUGGAUGAUGCUCUGCAGGUGCUUCACUCUCAGCUGAAGCGGACCAUCGUCAGCGUUGCAUUGUGGGAUGGAGAGCAUGACAGUUUCCACAAGACGUGUCCGUGCACGGAGGCAGAGAGUGAAGGAGAGGUCAGACUUCAGAGGGCCAUGCUGAGUCAAGCUCUGCAGGAGUCCUUGGAUAACCUCGUGGUGAAGAAGCGCUGGUACGGCGACAGAGACGACUUCACUGUCAUCCUGCAGGAUUCACCUUUGAUCACAGACCCUUCAUCUGUCUCUAGCGGGGAGCGUCUCUCUGAGGCCCAACGAGCUGAUGACCUGAUGGUGCAGAUGUGGACAAACAUGCUGCAGCCCACGGGCGGCCAACGCGACACAGACGCCAGUGGAAAGACGGUGGCGUUGCCAUGUCCAACUGAGGACCGACCCUUCCUGAGGACGGAGGGGAACUCUCCUUCGUAUCACCACAGCGAUGCCGCUCCUCUCCUUCACCCAUUUACAGGCACAGAGAUGCCCUGUGAAGACCUCAGCCCCUCACCCUCCACGCCCACCUCAGUCCAUGAACUCAGGCCAGGAGAUAUCAAAGUGGUGGCCGCUGUGGGAGACUCUCUGACAGCAGGAAACGGUAUCGCCUCCAGCCCUGACAACAUCCUGGACGUCCUGCGUCAGUACAGAGGUUUGUCCUGGAGUAUUGGUGGAGAUGAAAACCUCACAACGGUCACCACGCUGCCCAACAUCUUGAAACAUUUCAACCACAACGUGACGGGCUACUCUGUUGGCACUGGCAAGCAGACCACUGCUAAGGCGUUCCUCAACCAGGCUGUAACUGGAGCUAAGAGCAGCGACGUACCAGCACAGGUCCGAGCUCUGGUGACGAGGAUGAAGAAAGACCCUAGAAUUAAUUUUAAAUCAGACUGGAAGCUGAUCACCGUUUUCAUCGGUGGAAACGACAUCUGUGACCACUGCUACAACUCUCUGCUCCACUCUGUGGAGAAUUACGCCCGUCACGUUCAAGACAGCCUGGAUUACCUGCACAAGCAGGUGCCUCGGGCUCUGGUGAACUUAGUGGAGCCUCUCCAAAUCAUCCCGCUGAGAGAAAUGCACAAUGACGCUUCACUUAAAUGCCCAACUUGGCUGGUAAAAAUUCUGUGUCCUUGCGUUCUCUUGCCGAAGGAAAACUCUACAGCCCUCCAAAUGGUGGAAGACCUCACUAGAAACUAUCAGCGUUCACUGCACGACCUCGUGGAGUCUGGCCGCUAUGAAACUCGCUCAGACUUCACUGUGGUUCUCCAGCCUUUCCUCAGAGAAAUCAUCGUCCCCAGACUGCCGGACGGCCGAGCUGACCGCUCCUUCUUCAGCGCUGACUGCUUCCAUCUCAGCCAGAGGGCCCAGACGCAGAUGGCUCGCUCCCUCUGGAACAACAUGCUGGAGCCUCUGGGCAAUAAGACUUCCACACAAGAUUUUACUGUAGGCAUUAAUCUGACAUGUCCAACCAAGGCUUCACCAUACUUCCGCACCUAUAACAACAGCAACUACAGCUAUGCCGGUCCCACUCCAGCACCUACACCUGUCACAAACUGGGGGAGUAAUUUCUCCUGCGUGGACCUUGCUCCAUCUGACACUGUGCCAACUUCAGUUCAUAAGCUGAGACCAGCAGACAUCAAGGUGGUGGCAGCGCUGGGAGACUCCUCAACGGCAGGCACCGGCGCCAAAGCAACGAGCCUGUCUGACCUUAAUAAAGACUAUAAAGGAGUAUCGUGGAGCAUCGGAGGGGAUAAGACUCUGGAGUAUGUCACAACACUGCCAAACAUCUUGAGGAAGUUCAACCCCUCCUUAAAGGGCUUCUCCGUGGACUACAACUCAAUUAGGGACGGCUUCAACAUGGCUGUGGCUGGAGCUAAAACCUCAGAGAUCCCAGCGCAAGUCCAAGCUCUCAUCAAGGCCAUGAAAGGACAUGAGGGGGUGAAUUUUGAAAAGGACUGGAAACUUGUGACGAUAUUCGUAGGGGGAAGUGAUCUUUGCAGUUACUGCCUAGACCAAAAUAACCUGUCACCCAAGAACUACAGCCACAAUCUUAUGCUCAGUUUGGACAUGCUUUACGAAGAGGUACCGAGGGUGUUGGUUAAUGUCGUGGAGAUCUUGCAGGUAGAUCCAGUAAAAUCAGUGAAGAGGAACACGCUUGGCUGUUCGCUCUUGCAGAGGACCAGCUGUCCCUGCGUCAUCAACCCAGCAGAAAACUCUCCAGAGCUUCAAGAGAUAAAACGAAUCAAUCGCGAGUAUCAGGCUGAGGUCAGGGAUCUUGUUUUUGGAAAUCGCUAUGACGGAAAAGAAGACUUUGCUGUUGUUCUUCAACCCUUCUUAGAGAAUUUCUUCAUCCCUCAUAUUGGAGAGGGAGAGGCUGACCCGAGUUUCUUCUCUGUGGACUGUUUCCACAUCAGCGAGCGAGCUCAUGCUGAGAUGGCCAUUUCCCUGUGGAAUAACAUGCUGGAGCCAGUAGGCAGAAAGCAGGCCUACAACAACUUCACAUAUGACCGUUUCAAGAUUCACUGUCCCUCUGAGGUCAAUCCCUUCAUCUUCACUAACAUCAACAGUCUACCAAGUCCUCCAGUGACCACCCCCAACCCUGUGAUGGAGUGCCCCCCCUCUUUGCCUGUGUGGGUGCCAGUGGUUGCUGGAGUCGCCAGUUUACUGGUUGGCAUUAUUGUCACCGCGUUUAUUUUCUCCUGCUUCCAGCAUCAGAAAAGUAAAGCGGAGAGAGCAGAAGCAAUGAAAGGAACUGUCUUUUAA